AUGGGCAGGGUUAUCUUCUAUGAGGACAGGAACUUCCAGGGUCGGCACUACGAGUGCAGCACCGACUGUGCCGACCUCCAUCCUUACUUCAGCCGCUGUAACUCCAUCCGCGUUGAGAGUGGCUGCUGGGUGCUGUACGAGAAACCAAAUUACAUGGGAUACCAGUAUGUCCUGACCAAGGGAGAGUAUCCUGACUACCAGCGCUGGAUGGGAUUCAAUGACUGCAUCAGAUCAUGUCGCAGCUAUACUUUGCCCAGCGAUAGUUCCUACAGAAUAAAGAUUUACGAGAGGCCUGACUUUGGAGGGCAGAUGAUGGAAUUCAUGGACGACUGUCCCACUGUCUUUGAUCGUUUCCACACCCGUGACAUUCACUCCUGCCAGGUGAUUGAUGGUUACUGGACCUUCUAUGAACAACCCAACUACAGGGGCCGACAGUACUUCAUGAGACCUGGAGAGUAUCGGAAAUUCAGUGACUGGGGAGCAACUUGCGCAACAAUUGGGUCUUUCCGCCGUGUAGUGGAUUUCUGA